AUGGCCAGCAGCGAGCGAGACGGCGACUUGUACGUGAACGUGACGAAGAACGCCAGUCGCGACGGCUUCGACGCCGUGGAGGAGCGACUGAGCACCGCCAGUGCGCGGCACUUGAUGGAGCAGGACGACGCAGACUACGCCAGCGUGCUGUACCCGAGGCCGUCGAUGGACGUCAUGUCGCCCACGUCCUCCAGCAGCAACGGCUCCGCUGCCGAGUUCUAUCCGACGGGUGAGAGUCGCAGCGACGCAGACAAGGAGAAGGAGCAUGUAGUGCGCGCCACGAGCGCCGCGGAGGACAAGAGAGGGGCUGAUGAUGCGGAAGUUACAGAUGACGAAGAGUGCAAAGGGCUUGGAGGUGUGGAGGAGAAAGACCAGGACCGGUUUAAACUCGCCAUUGCGCUGGACUUUGAGACAGAUACGAAUGGCGCGAUGAGCAUUGGCCCACCCAGCGUCACCCGGCAGACAUCCAGCAGUUUCUCCGAUCUGGGGGACUAUGAUGACUUUUCGUUCUCAGAUGCGAUCACAGUAAGUGGUGGAGGCGCUGGUAGCGUCGAAGGCGGCAGCAGUGCGGGCACGCCGACCACGUUCUACCCGAUUUACGAGAAUGACGCCUUUCGGUUUACGCACGGGAGUGUGAGUAGUUGUGGAUAUGGCAGCUACGACACGAUUGACAAGAUUCCUGGUGCCUUCAUGAACAGCCCCGCGAGAAGUGGACGCAGUGCUAAUUCACCCACAGUGUUGCGCCUAGACAACUAUGGCUACAGUGGAGGCCGCAUUACGCCUACCUUUCAACUGACGCAACCUGCGGAUGAGUCUCAGCCGUUGAUUGGAGAUAUUUAUCCAGUUUCUGGUGAGGUGGUGCGGCAGCGAGUCGACCAUGCUGCUUAUAUUAUAUUUUACAAGGGCGAUGACAGUGGCGAGGAGCAGAGCUCGAAGCAAGAUAUCCUGGGUUUGUCCUCUUCGUCCGAGGAUGACGGCGAUGGCGGCGAGUGGAGCGAAGAGGGCUCUGGCAGAGUAGCCCCACCUCGAUCGUACGCAUCGCUUGGUGCUGCUGGUCACAAAGUGCAAACCGACAACUGCUUCACGCGAGAUUACAAUCAUCCAACGCGGUCGCUGGGCAGAGGUCUGUUUCGCGCAUCUACAAGCGUUGGUAGUGCCUUCCUCAAGGGUGCGGCCGGCCUGGUAAACAAAACAUACCAAGGCGGGGCAAGUGGUGGUGUAUUUGGAUUCGCGAAAGGAUUGGGCAUGGGGAUGCUGGGUUUGGGAACGCAUACCGUGAAAGGUGCGGUCCGGGGAGUCGGGCAGGUGACACAUCUUGUUGGAGAAAUGGUGUUGGGGACUGCGCCGCACUUCAGCAUUGAUGGUACGCUAAUACUUACCAACUACCGUAUCAUCUGGCAAGCGCUCAGCACGAAAGAUGCGAUGGAGAUUCCUCUGGCUUCCAUCCUGUCCGCUGAGAGCUCGACGACAGCGCCUCACGUCGCCAACAUCGAAGGCAAACACCUACUGCGAGCCUCCUUGGCAUUCCAAGACGAGAACACGUGCUCCGAGUUCCUGAGCUGCAUUUGGGAACUGUACUCGACCGGUGGAUCUCCACCUCAUUUUCUGUUUGCGCACUUGCACUAUCAGGCGCUGCGGCAUAAGGAAGAGGUGAAGUCCGUGACUGGAACAGGAUUGGAGACGCCGAAUGACCAGUUCUAUGACGCAGAGGAAGACUAUCGGAGGCUUAAGUUACUGGAUGAAGAUAGCUGGAUGCGGCUAUACGACAACUCGGACUACACCAUGUUCCCGUCAUACCCGGAGACUUUUGUGAUCCCGUCUGUGCUGGAUGAAGAUGAUCUUCGCGAGCUGAGCGCGUACCGCAGCGCAAGUCGUAUUCCGGCGGUAGUGUGGCGCCACCCGCACACGGGCGCGCUUGUCUGCCGAUGCGCACAGCCCUGUACUGGAUUAAGUGGAUACGUCGUGGAGGCUGAUCAGAAAAUGGUAUCGGCGCUUCAACACGCGACGAGUGCUUAUGGCGACGCGAAGUUUCACUUCUUCGACGCGAGAAGCCAAAUGGCAGCUGCGGCGAACUCAGCGCAAGGCAAAGGAACGGAAGACCCGCGGAAUUACCCGAACUCAGAGCUGCACUUCUGCGAUAUCGCGAACAUCCACGCCGUUCGCUCGUCGUUCGCUUCGCUAGCGUCGGUAUGCCAGCCGGGCCAAGAGCGUGAAAGUAGUGGGUGGCUGUUCCAGCUACGAAACACCUUUUGGUUCCUGCAUCUGUCGAACAUCCUCUCCACGUCGCAGGAAAUUUGCCGAUAUCUGUGCCAGAGCGAUUCCGUCAUGAUUCACUGCAGUGACGGAUGGGAUCGCACCCCUCAGCUCACAGCCAUGGUUCAGCUCCUGUUGGAUCCGUACUACCGGACAGUCCGAGGCCUGCUGUGCCUAAUUGAAAAGGAGUGGUGCUCUUUUGGACACAUGUUUAGAUACCGCUAUGGCCAAGGCGAAGGACCAGGUCAGCAGGAACUCGAGGAGCAGUCCCCCGUGUUCAUCCAAUGGCUAGAUGCGCUGUGGCAGAUUUGGCGUCAGCAGCCUUGGGCGUUCGAGUUCAACGAAGCGCUGCUCUCGGCGCUCUAUGAGCACAUUUUUUCGGGGCUGUAUGGCAACUUUCUCUACAACAACGAGCGGCAGCGCAAACAAGAAGAGGCCGACGCCCCCACGCGCUCUUUGUGGUUCGUGCUUUUGGAGCAAAUGGAGAAGUACGUCAAUGUGGAAUACGACAGCGCCAAGAACUUCAACAGCAUUGGCUUAAUCCUUCCCUUUUCUUCCGAGGAAAACGAUUUGGUUAUGUGGGCGAACCACUUGGUCUAUGCUGACCCUGUCUGCCGGAAAUACGACUGA